UUUGAAAACCACAGAAGGAAAAGAAACAAUGAAGAAACCCUUAGCGAGGGAGUUGAAAACCCGAAGCCAAAAGCUGCCACACACCCACAAAAGAAAUGGCCCUUCUCUUCACCGCACAUCCUUCUUCUCUGUUCCUCUCUCAAUCCCCAAGAUCUUCCCUUUCUCAAUCCCCCAAACCCGUCUCUCUCUCCUUUUCCUUUCCCACUAAACCCCACAAAGUCUUCAGAUUCUCUUCUCUUGUCUCAUUUUCCAGCUCCCAACCCGACCCUACUCCCGAACCCGAUUCUGACCCCAAACCCACCCCACUUUCUUCCAUAACCGACGAAUGGGGCGAGAAAACGGAGCUUGGAUCGGAACCCGAACCCACCAAGCUCCCGGAUUCGGAUCCUCCCACGAACGAGGACGAGUGGGAGGAACAGUAUGCGGAGAUGGGUAACGGUAGUGCCGCCGCUGCUCAAUCGGCUGAGGCGGCGGUCGAGGAGGAGGAGAAGGAGGAGGAGGAGGAGGAGGAGGAUGGAUUUGAUAGUAGGAUUGCGGACUUGAAGAGGUGUUUGGUGGACACGGUUUAUGGGACAGAGUUGGGGUUUCGUACUGGGCCGGAGGUACGGGCUGAUGUUUUGGAGUUAGUCAAUCAGUUGGAGGCGGUGAACCCCACCCCAGCUCCGGUUGAAGCUACUCAGCUUCUUGAUGGCUACUGGGUUUUGCUGUACACCGCAUCUUCUGAGCUGUUGCCGCUUCUGGCGGCUGGUUCAACCCCCUUGUUAAAAGUCAAAAGUAUAAGCCAAACAAUUGAUACAGAAAGGCUCUCUAUUGUGAACUCCACCACAUUGGCCAGCCCUUUUGCUAAUUUUUCUUUCAGUGCUUCUGCUGCCUUUGAAGUUAGAACUCCUUCAAGAAUACAGGUUGAAUUUAAGGAAGGUACACUGCAACCUCCGGAGAUAAAACCAAGCAUUGAUCUUCCUGCAGAUGUGGAUGUUUUCGGUCAAAAAAUCAGUCUGUUGCCUGUGCAGCAAUCUCUUAACCCGCUGCAAGAGUUGGUGGCUAAUAUUUCAACAGCCAUUUCUGGUCAGCCACCUCUUAAGAUUCCCAUUCCUGGUGAGCGGUCAGGGUCCUGGCUUCUGAUUACGUAUCUUGACGAGGAUCUUCGGAUAUCAAGAGGAGAUGGUGGUCUUUUUGUGCUUGCUAGACAGGGGAGUCCUCUUCUAGAGCAGUAGCCAGGGCUGGCUUGUGAUGGUGGUCUCGUGCCUCAAAACCUAUGCUUACAACAUAAAUACUUCGAAGUUGAAGUUGAAUAUUUUGUUGUUAAGUUUGAAGUUGGAACUAUACUAACCAUAGGAACUACACAUUUGACAGAACACUAGCUCUAGAGCCAAAGAACAGUGUUGUUCUAGGGACCGUGGUGUUCAUAAUUAUUAUUUCCAACUUGUUUCUCGUGACCUUAGACCUAAUUUUCCAGCAAAAUCAUUGUAUGGGUCUGGUCACAUGGAAGCUUCAUAGUGAUACUCUUCUUCUAUAUCUAAUGCAAGAAAAAAGAAUUACUGUUGGAAUAAUGUUUUCUUAACCAA